AUGCCCAGGCUGCCCACAGACCGCCUCCAGGGCGCAGACGACCACGCCCUCGUCCCCCGCACAGGCCCCGCCCGCCGCCUCCACCGAGCGCCCGAGCGCAGCCUCUUCCGCCAGCACGUGCUAAAUGAAGACACAUACACCGCCGCCCUCUCCCACAUCAUCGCCCGCGACUUCUUCCCCCACCUCCCCCACCUCCGGGCCACCAACGGCUACCUCACCGCCCUCCAGGACAACGACGCCGCCCUCCUUUCUUCCUCCGUCCGCACCCUCGCCGCCCUCGCAAGCCAGACCGAUCGCCGCAGGAGGGCCGCAGAUGACAUCGAUGCAGAGAGUAUCAGGCGCGAUACCACAGGGACACCCUAUAUCUCGGUCCCGGGGGCGAGGGACAUGCGCACCCCGGUGGGAGCCAGAGGAUGGGAUACCCCGCAACAGAGCACCCGCCGGAGACGCAACUCGUCGGAUUUCGACUCGCUAGAGGGCGAUCGUCCGUCCCUAGGAUCGUCUAGCAAACGCCAGCGCCGUCCGCCAGUCCGCGCAGACCUCUCUCUCGACACGUUUCAGCGCAACUUUACGUCGGAAGACAAUGCCUCGUUUGCCCAGAUCGUGCAGGAAGACAAUAGGGUCAAGAGAGAGGAGCGUUUUGGGUGGGCAUUCGAGGCGGAAAAGGCCGCAGAGACGAGACGGAUUGAAGGAGAGACGAAGCGUAAAGCCAUUUUGGAUGCCGCGACGAGUGGCCAGUGGAGAGUGAAUGGAGAGGGGAAGCGGCUCAUCGGCGGGUUGGCAGAAGGUGGCAAGGAGAAGGCAGAAGGGGAAGCUUGGAAAGAUGUCAAGCUCAUUGGCGCUGCCCCCUUGUCUGAAACCGGCGACACGUCCCAAGCCCUCGUCCCCGCUUCCUCGAGCCAGGCUCUGGUGCUUUCUGACCAACCCACUCAACUCCCCACUGAAAUACCCCUGCCUCCCAAACACCCACUCGCAGAAGCCCUCACAGACGCUGGUCUGCCCACCACUGCGCUGAUAUCAGCAAAAGAUGGACAGAUUGUGCCGCACCGCGAAGUCGCCACAGGCAGCGAUGCGCGUGCUACCGGAGAGGAAGGACAGGCGUUGGAAAAGAGGGUAAUGGGUGAAGGGGACAAGGAGACUGUUUCUCUCGGCGGAAGUGGAGUCGAUCUUUGGAAGUACAAGGCUCGAAACAACCUCAUGUACCCAGCAGACGCCAACGCUGACCCGUACGCCAAACCUCCCUCCAUCCACACUCUCCCCAUCAAUGGUCCGCGUCCGAGUAUCGCCCAUGCAAAUACACGUAUACCGGAAGAAGAUGCAGGUGGCAUGGGCACAAGAGCGGGUUCGACGAGGGCUAGUAGCCCGUCGAGGAGUGUUGUCAGUGCGGCCGUGCGUGGAGGUCCUCGCGAAGCCAUGCCGACGGUCAACAACUACCCGCUGGUAGCAACCGACCCCUCUCCCUCCCCGCAAGAUAUGCCAUCCCUUCUCACCUGGGGCUCUCUUCUCGCCACCCCUCGAGCCCUCGACGGCAACAAUGAUCCUCUCGACUCGACGCCCAGCUUCAGGCUGCCAGAGACAAAAAGGCGAGACGAGCUCGGCCGCAAAUUGGCUGAUAAAGCCGGUCGGGAUAUCAAAGAGCGUGCGAGAGGAUUUACCCGGCCUACUUCUGGAAUAGGUGGGAACAGGGGCAAGGGGGAUAUGGGGCCGCCGGGGACACCGAGGAGGCAAGCAGGAAACUUGACACCGGCUGCAAAGCGACUGUUGGAUAGGACGGUCGGCAGGACGCCAGUCGUUGGGAGUAGGACCUCGUCGAAUGACUGGGCCGGGAAGAGCUCCACAAAAAGUACAGGGUGGACACCGACCCCAAAAAAGAGAUAG